AUGUCUUAUUAUUUCAUUCAAUCACGCGAAAUUGUCGAUAGAGGUAGUUUGUUUAUUGCCAACAUAUGUAGUGUCACCUCAGACAAAGACACAAUUGCUCAAAUAAACCAGAUCGCACAAGCUAAAUAUCAACUCAGACAAUCCAGAAAUUCUGAACCAACGCACUCAAUCACGGCGUAUAGAUACCUCGGUUUGAAGCCAAGAAAGAGUGGUCUAAGUGAGGAUGAUUUUACCCUCAAGUCUGGAUAUGACGAUGAUGGUGAAAAAUACGCCGGAAAAAGAAUACUCGAGCAAAUCACCACUAAAACCCCCUAUGGUCAGACAAUUGAUGCCUUAAUAGUUGUUUCUAGAUGGUAUGGAGGUCAAAUGCUUGGUCCAAUACGGUUUGAACACAUAAAAAACCUCUGUAAGGAAGUAUGCGAUGAGAUGCGGAAUCAAGAAGAACUUCGUGAGAAAGUCAACACCCUCACCAGUCUAGACGAUAACAUAACCGAACUGCGAAGUAAGCUUGGGAUGGAAAAUAAGUCGCAAAAUUACGACAAUCUUGACAACGCAAAAGCAGAACGUCUUAUAAAAGCCCGGAGAGGUACGCUCGACGUUCUAAAGAAGAAACUAUCAAAUAGGGUUGAUCCCAAGUAA